GCGCCACGAAAACACAAAGCAAAAGCGGCCACGCAAAGGGAACAGCGCCCCCAAACUCGGUUCCCCUCCCUCCACCUCCACCAUCCGCCGGAAGGAACCCCCUCCCCUCCUCUGACCGCUCCUGCCGUUUCCAUGGAAGAGAUGGUGGUGGACGACAGCGGGGGCGGCCGCUGGGACUUCCUCGACUGGGUCGGCCCCGACACCUCCUCCUGCAUCUUCCAGCUCCUCGACGACCCCGCCGACCUCGCCCGCGCCGCCGCCGUCUCGCGCUCCUGGCGCCGAUUCGUGAUCGACCACGAAUUCUGCAAGACCCUGUGCCGGCGGAUAUGCCCCGAGGUCGCCAACUUCACCCGCGCGGUCGUGGUCACCCGCUCGCCGCCCGCCCCGGAGCGCGCCUCCGAGUCCAGCCGCGACACCGAGUUCAGGACCCGCGAGAGGGACCACGUCGUCUACUCCUACCUCGGGGGCGCCCUCGUCUCCGCCAAGCCCUCCAUGGACUGCAUCCUGCACUGCAUCGGGGCCUCCAGCACCGACUAUUUCCCCGAGGAGACCAUAGACAACACGCUCGAGCCGCGGGACCGGGUGAAUCACCGGCCCUCCUACUGGUCUAGCGGCGGCCACGAGGACCCCGACGCCCCGGAGAGCUUGACAUACAGGCUUAGCUCUGAUCUCUGCAUGAUUGAUGAGGUCAGGGUGCAGCCCUUCGAAGCUUUCUUUCAGACGGGCAAUCCUAUCUACGCUUCAAAGGCGGUGCGAAUUCGGCUGGGCCAUUCCAAUCUUCCUCCUGGAGAAGAGUCUUUUGUUACGGAUGAGAAUGAGAACAGGAGGGCAAUCGCUGAUGAAAAUUACGUGUGGACGUACACGUCACCAGAGUUCCCUAUGCUGCCGGAAAAUGUGUUACAGACCUUCAAGCUUCCGCGUCCUGUCCUUUGCAUUGGUGGUGUAGUGAAGAUUGAACUGCUGGGAAGAAUACAGAAACAAGCUUCAGAUCAUAAGUAUUACAUCUGUGUCUGCCAUGCCCAAGUGAUAGGGCGCUCGCUUUCACCUGAAUUCAUGGUCGACAUCUCCGAUCCUGCUGAUUACUCAAUCCUCAAGUAUUUACCAGGGGCCAGUAACUUGCGCAUAGAAGACAUAAUCAACAGUGACGCUAAAGACUCGACGGAGUGGCACUCGCUUGUUUCUAGGUACAGGCAGAUGAGGCAUGUGGCGAUGGUGAAUAUGCUGCUUGGUCCUGUACAGUUUAUGGAUGGAGACGACGAUGUGGGUGGUGUCACAGAUGAUGACAUGUACAUGUAGGCUUUAUUUGCUGGACUUGAGCACUGUGUAACCUAAUUGAACGAAGGUUGUUCAGAUGAGUGAAAGCGCAAACUGUUGCUGUUUCUGUUUUUGCAACUCUGCUUGUUCGGGUUACCCAAUUGAACGAGGCUAGGUUGUAUCAGAUGAGUAGAGUGCAAGACGGUUACUAUUUCUGGUUUUGCAAUACUUGUUCUGGUUUGGCU